UUAAGUAAAGAAAUCAGGCUGGCUCAGUGCGCGUCUCAGCAGCCCACUUUGACAGGUGCUCCUCACCCCCUUUGGAGGACUGUCAGCAGCAGCAGCAGCAAGAGGAUGGCAUCAGAGCUGGCAAUGAGCAACUCCGACCUGCCCACCAGUCCCCUGGCCAUGGAAUAUGUUAAUGACUUCGAUCUGAUGAAGUUUGAAGUGAAAAAGGAGCCGCUGGAGCCCGAGCGCAGCAUCAGCCAGUGCAGCCGCCUGCUCGCCGGGGGAUCGCUGUCUUCCACCCCGAUGAGCACGCCCUGCAGCUCGGUGCCCCCCUCUCCCAGCUUCUCGGCGCCCAGUCCCGGCUCCGGGUCCGGGUCCGGCUCCAGCGAGCAGAAGGCGCACCUGGAGGAUUUCUACUGGAUGAGCGGCUACCAACAGCAGCUCAACCCGGAGGCUCUGGGCUUCAGCCCGGAGGACGCCGUAGAGGCGCUGAUCAGCAGCGGCCACCCGCUGCAGGGCUUCGACGGCUAUGCCAGGGGGCAGCAGUUCGCCGGGGGGGCGGCACCGGCCGGGGAGGAGAUGGGCUCCGCGGCCGCGGUGGUGUCGGCGGUCAUCGCGGCGGCCGCGGCGCAGACCGGCGGCGGCGCGCCCCACCACAACCACAACCACCACCACCACCACCACCACCACACCGGCGCCGGGGCGCACCACCCGUCCUCCGGCUCCCAGUCCGCCGGCGCCGUCAACAACAACAACCACAGCCACCACCACCCGCACCACCACAUGCGCCUGGACGACCGCUUCUCGGACGAGCAGCUGGUGACCAUGUCGGUGCGGGAGCUCAACCGGCAGCUGCGCGGCGUCAGCAAGGAGGAGGUCAUCCGCCUCAAGCAGAAGCGCAGGACGCUAAAGAACCGCGGCUACGCGCAGUCCUGCCGCUACAAGCGCGUCCAGCAGCGGCACGUCCUGGAGGGCGAGAAGACGCAGCUCAUCCAGCAGGUGGACCACCUCAAGCAGGAGAUCUCCCGCUUGGCGCGGGAGCGCGACGCCUACAAGGAGAAGUACGAGAAGCUCGUCACCACCGGAUUCCGGGAAAACGGCGGCGGCGGCGGCGACAACAACAACAACAACCCCUCGUCCCCGGAGUUCUUCAUGACGUCGAGAAAAUUCCUCCAUCUGUGAUAUAAAAUUUGGUCUUCUGCGCCCCUCCAUCGUCAGACAGAGAUGUCCUUCUGGAACCUUCCAGCAGACUGCCACUAAGCACAACGUCUCCCAGCAGCACCAGACUCAAAGAUCCAAACUUCACCAGGGCAGGAAACUAGAACCCAGGACUCCUCAGAACGUGUUUGCUAUUCCCAACCCGAUACCUCCAAUCUAGUUUAUUAAUAUUUACAGUGAUUCAUUUAGAAAAGUGGAAAAGAAAGAAGAAAAAAAAAGUGACGUCCCUUUAGCACAAAUCAGGAUGUUGUAAAUAUUGUACAGACAUUAUUUCAAGUGUAAUUAUCGCGGAUUUAUGUAUCGAACCAAUAGUGUCACAUGAUCAUUAUUUAGCCCCGCCCCCUAGGAAAAGAAGUAUUUUAGAGCCACACUAAAUCAGUCAUUUUAAUGAGUGAAUAAUAAAGUUUUUAUUGGGAAAAAGUUGCUCAUAAUAUUACAACUAUAUACUCAAAAAAAUACAACUUUUAUUUCU